AAUGUCAAAAACCUAAUCCACUCUUUAAUUUUCUCUCUUCAAUCGGGGUACCUUUCUCCAGAUUUCUCGCUCCUCUCUCUACGAUAUGUCAAAGGUGGCGCUAACGGAAAGUCUACCCAUAAACGGUACCGUUUUCGACAGUUCCCUGGUCUUCGCUUUGCAAACUAUGGUUGUCGAGACCGCCAUUGUUGCCACAAAGUCUUUCGCUUGGUCGCUCAUGAUGAUGGGAACUCUGCCUAAUGGAAUUGAUGUCUUCAUCAAAGAGCCUGAGGCAUAUGCAGGGUUUCCACUUGCUCAACUUAUUGCGAUGACUAAACCUGGUCCUGAGAACAAGGAUGCCAGCGACACUGAUGAUGACGACGACGAUGAAGAUGAAGCAGUGGAUGAUGAAGAUGGAGGUGAGGAGGAAGAUGGAUCUGGCGAAGAAGAUGAAGAGGAAGGUGAUCCAGAGGAUGAACCCGAGGCCAAUGGAGAUGGUGGCACUGGAGACGAGGAUGACGAUGAUGACGACGAUGACGACGAUGAUGAGGGUGAGGAAGAGGAAGAAGAGGAAGAAGAUGAGGAGGAAGAAGAACUUCAGCCACCAGCUAAAAAGCGGAAAUGAGCUCGGGUCUUUUUUCUCGUUCUUUUAUUUUGCCUUGCUGCGUUGUGUAGUGGGAAGUUAUGUCUGUCUGUCUGUCUAAAUUAGAGUAGAGGGGAUUGUGACAUUUCAGCAGAACAGACUUGUUUCCAUAUUUCUGCUUCCAUUCUUCUCAUUCAAGGAUUACAAAGAAAAAUUUCCACUUAGAUGUAUUGAAAUAUAAAUAAAAUUAAUGUUUAGUGAUUAUUAAAAA